AUGGGCCAAACAUUAACAGUCAUCCGUACAGGGUUCGACCAAUCCAGACCUCCCAAGCCGACCUUUACUAUUGAUGACGUCCCAGACUUGUCGGGAAAAGUCGUAAUUGUCACUGGCGGGUAUGCAGGCAUCGGUUUGGAAACAGUGCGAGUGUUGCUGAAGAAGAAUGCGAAAGUGUACUUUGCUGGGAGGAAUAAGGCAAAGGCGGAAGCUGUGAUUUCGGAGUUGAGUAAGGAUACAAGAAAGGAAGCGAUCUUCCUUGAGCUGGAUCUUGCAAGUCUGAAAUCCGUGAAGAAAGCUGCUGAGGAAUAUAUGAGCAAAGAAACGCAACUCCAUGUCUUAUUCAACAACGGUGGAGUGAUGCAAGUGGCAGUCGAGCAGCUCACAGUUGACGGAUAUGAUUUGCACUUUGGCACGAACGUACUCGCUGACUCCCACGUCCGAGUCGUUACAACCUCCUCAUAUGGACACAUGCUGCACGCUUCUUCCAACAUUCGCUACGAUACUCUACGUGAUACACCCGAACACAAGAAAUUCGGCACCUUAAACCUUUACAACCAAAGUAAAUUCGGGAACGUCCUUAUUGCUCGUGAACUUGCGAGGAGGUAUGGUGAUCAGGGUAUCGUUUCCACGUCUCUUAAUCCUGGAAAUAUCACAUCGGAGCUUCAGAGACAUUUGAAGGGACUUCUGAAGAAGAUAAUUUUAUACGCUGGAACUUCUCCGGACGCAAAAGAUUUGAAUGGCGGAUACCUCAUUCCGUGGGCACGUGUCUCGGAAUGUCGGAAAGUUGCUCGUGAUCCAAAGGUAGCAGAGGAAUUGUGGAAGUGGUGCGAGGAGCAAGUCAAGGAUGUCUAA